CUAGCUAAGCAUAUUCUAAUAGAAGAGUUCAAGAGACGAGCAAAAACAUCGACAAGAUGUCCGGAGUUUGGGUGUUCAAGAACGGCGUGGUGAGACUCGUAGAGAAUCCAGCAAAUGAGCAAUCUUCGACUGCUCGUCGCAAGGUUUUACUUCACACGCCUACCAAUGAAAUUAUUUCCUCUUAUUCUUCCCUCGAGCGAAAGCUCAUGGGACUAGGAUGGGAGCGGUACUACGACGAUCCUGAUCUGAUUCAAUUCCACAAGCGCUCUUCUGUUGACCUAAUUUCGCUCCCUAAGGACUUUCGACACUUUAAGUCCAUGCAUAUGUAUGAUAUCGUGGUCAAGAAUCGUGAUUCAUUUAGAGUCAUCGAUGAGAGGGCAUGAAGGAAAAGAAGAAGAAGAAGAAGAAGAGAUUGGUUGGCAUCAAUUCUGUUUUCUUAGCUUUUUUUUUUGGUACUAAUAGGAGUGUUUCUUGUCAUGUAGCUUGUUGAGGAGUUUGUUGUAUUUCGUUCGACCAUACUUGUAUUUGUUUGUGAUUACAUUGCGCGCAUCUGGUUGUGAUAUGUCGUUAUAUGUGUAUAAUGAGAGAGAGGGAUUGCAUGUGUGCUUAAUUGUUUGUAUCUAGCUAUUCAUUAAUCAAUUUG